AUGUCUCACUCCACCGGCGAAGACCCUUCCAUUUUCCCCCUCACCGGCGGCUGCGCCUGCGGCAACAUCCGGUACUCCCUCAAUGCCCCGCCCAUGGUCGUCCACUGCUGCCACUGCACCUCCUGCCAGCGUGAGACCGGCACCGCCUUCGCCCUCAACGCCGUCGUCGAGGGAGACGGGGUGACCCUCCUACCGAGCAAGCCUUCGUCCGCCUCACCGCCGCUGCAGCCGCUGGCGUCUUUCCCGGCGUCUACCUUUGAUAGUUGGACUCCCAGGCGGCAGCAGCAGCAGUCCAGACCCGGCGACGCUGUCCACGAGACGAGCGAGAACAAGAGCAAGGGAAACGACGAUAACGGAAACCACCGCGUCGAGGCAGACAUCCCUUCCCCCGUGAUCCUCCCCGUCCCCGCCGACUCGGGCGCCCCUCAGCACAUUGCUCGCUGUCCCCUCUGUCUUACGCCCGUCUGGAGCAACUACGACGGCACAGGUCCCCUGAUGAAGUUCCUCCGCGUCGGCACCCUCGACGCGCCAGCUCUACUAGGCGGUCCGGACGUUUACAUUUUUAUGCGCAGCAAGCUGCCGUUCGUCGAGGUCGCUGACGAUGGUAAGCCUCGCUUUGAUGAAUUUUAUCCUACCAAGGAGGGUGUUUGGAACUCUCAGGGCCUUGCGCGUCGGGAGAAGCUGCUUGUUCGGAUCAGAGAGUGGAGGAAGGAGAAUGGACUGGCUGGAUGA